AUGGCAGACAGCAGUGCGGAGCCCACUAUGCGUGAUGUGAUGCUUCUUCUGAAGUCCGUCUCAUCUCGUUUACAGUGUUUAGAGGCAAAGAUGAGUGUGAUGGACUCGAUCGAGAAGCGGAUGGAGAGUUUCGAGAAGGAGAUGAAGCAGCUGUGGGUGGUUCAUGAGGAGAGGGCUAAAAAGGUGGAGGAGCGUGUAUCACGCUUGGAAGAUAAGGUAGAUGGGGCAGAUAUUCAUGCUGCAGAGCUCGCAGAGAGGGUCCAGGUGCUAGUAAAGGAGCGUGAUACCCUUCGGGAGGACGUAAGCUACCUUCAAUCGCAGUCUAUGCGAAACAACCUUAUCUUCACGUCAAUACCAGAGGCAACCGGAAACGUUAUGGAGACGCCGGAGAUGACGGAGGUCAAGUUACGCCAGCAUUUGGUGAGCGCCUUCAAGCUUUCACAGGAAGUAGCUACCUCUAUUAGAUUCGAACGUGUUCACCGGUCUCCGGGAUCGCCGACACAUGGAAAGAUAAGAAACAUUGUUGCUAAGUUUUCGUUCUUUAAGGACAGAGAAAUGGUGAGAAAAAGGUGGAAGGAGCUUGAUGGCACGGCGUUCCGGGUGUUCGAACAAUUCCCUCCUGAAGUCAUGAUGAAAAGGCGUCAACUAGUGCCGAAAAUGAAGGAGGCGAGGCGGCUGGGUAAGCGGGCUUACCUGGCCUACGACACGCUUUACAUUGACGGCACCCCGGUGCGCGCGUAG